AUGUACAUUCGAGCCGCCACCCGAAAGAACUUCACCACCAGCCUGUUCACCACGACCGCGCUGAUUGCGGUUUUCACCGUUGCGGCACCCCAGCUCAUGCCCUGUCCGGUGUCCAACGGGCUGGCCAAUGAUGAGAAGAAGGAGAAGGAACAGGCCGAGUAA